UGUAUUUAUCUGGAAGCGAAGAAAUACCGAACGAAAAUGUGAACGCACCCGAAAAUCACGCUCUCAAUUAAUAUAGGCCUUUGUUUGACAUCUGUCAUGUGUUUUGAAGUCAUAUGAAUGUAAACAAUAAUCAGUGUUCCGACCGAAUUUUUCGUUUAAAAUAUCAAGAAAAAUAAAUUACGACCAUGGAGAACGUGUGUCGCUUGUGUGCGGGUGUAAAAACACCAAAGCAAUUGAAAUCUAGUAUCGAAGACCAGUCGUUGAAUAUUGAACAGAAGCUAAUCGACUGCUGUCGCUGGAAAUCGUUUGACCCAUAUGAAACUUAUAAUUUGCCCCGACUGAUUUGUAAUAGCUGCUUAAAAAAUUUAGAAAAAAGUUGGGCGUUUGCCGAAAGCGUGGCUCAAGCUCAACAGGAAUUGCUUGCACAAAUGGCCGAAACAAAACCAACAGUAUUGUUGGAAAUUGAAAGCGUUGACACGGUAGACAAUAAAAAUGUACCGAGCGAAGAGUAUAUUGAAGAGAUUAAAGUAUCGUUGAGUCCACGUGAUGCAUUCAGCUAUGAACACGAUUUUACUGUUGACGAAACAGUACCGGUAGCGUGUAACUAUGAAGAUACGACUUCUGACGAUAACAAAUGGAAUUUAAAUGCCGUUGAAGCAAAGCAAAAGGAUCGAAUCGAUAUAAAUGUUCUAACCCUUUUGUCUGAAAAUGAUAAGAAUUCCGACGGAACAAUCAAUAAAGAUAAAGUGUUAGAAUUGGAUUUGGAUGAUUGGACAAUGGUUAAGUGGCGAUGUUGUGUUUGCAAAGGCAUUUUCGAAAAUCAUCGUCAAUUGAAAGCACAUUUCGAUCAAAAACAUACGGAGGAUACACUAAAGAUUCUGUGUUCAUUUUGUAAUACAUCGUUUGGCAAAAGACGAUCGGUUUUACGGCAUAUUGUACGGAAACAUAGGCCAUAUCUGAAAUUAAGUUGCAAAAAAUGUGGCACAUUCUUUUGGAAUCAAAAUGCACUCAAGAGCCAUAUAUCCAUAUCGCAUGCCAAGCCAGAGCAACUCGGCCAACUGUGUGAAAUAUGCGGAAAAAGUUUUACGAGUGAAUCGAAAUUACAACAUCAUACACGUUUGCAUUUGCCGAUUGAACAACGACGGUCCUUCGAGUGCUAUGUCUGUAAAUCGCACUUUGCAUACAAAAAAAGCUUAGUACACCACAUGCCGAUUCAUUGGGGACAAAAGAUACAAUAUCAAUGCGAUGUUUGUUUAUCGAAAUUCUCUCGAACCGACGCAUUAAAACGACAUUCGCUCAUUCAUCUCGGUAAAUUGCCACACGAGUGUCAAUACUGUGGAAAGGGAUUUCGAACCAAGUUCAACUUGAAGGUGCACGAACGAAUUCACACAGGUGAACGCCCCUACGCAUGUUCAUUUUGUGAAUAUCGUUCUGCUGAUGGGCCCAACUUGGGGAAGCAUAUCAAGCAAAGACACAAGAAUCAGAUGGAGAUGCAACAUUCGAUAUUUGCACAAGUAAAAAGUGUACAUUAAGUUCUUGGGCAUUUAUCACACAGACUGAACCAACAAAAUUUUUUCAAUUUGAUAUUUAUCAAGCUUAAUAUUUAUCUGAAAAAUUUUGUUAACAAAAAAUUGCUAUUGAAAUUAAUUCAAGGUUUUUAAAAUCAACCUAAGAUAAAACAAAUAUAUUGAAAUCGAUGUUAAUGAGAUAAAAGCAUAAAUGACUUGGAUGUGAUUCUGUGAACGCGCUCCUGAUAGGCUUAGUUUUGACAUCUGUCAGUUCGUCUAGUUAUCACAAAAAUAAAACAAAUGAAUGUAAACAAAAA